AUGUCAUUCGCUGCCCAGGUUCAGGUUACUGACGAUGAACAACAGCUAGUUGAUUUGUUGCAUCGCUAUCUCCCAAGAGACCAAGAGGAUGGCUUGAGGGUACACGUACCAUGGAAUUUGCCAUGUGCAGAUAGCAUGCACGAAAUUCUGUACAGAGAAAGAAAGGAUAAACCCACAUCAUCCUACGACCCCGAAAGGCGCAUUCUGACUGUCAAAGCCAGAGGCGAGCAUUUCCGCCGCCGCGUCUCCUGUGUUGUCUAUAACUUUUUUCUAGCAGGCUGCUUGACCGGAUUCCUUACAGGGAGUGAGGGAAAACUCCUACGCUCCAGAUCGAGCGUCCAAUUCUUCACUUGGAAGCGCGAGCAUGGUAGGGAAAAAGGCCCAUCGUGGUGGAAAUCUCCUGAUGCUUCUAUUGUGUUCCGUGGAAAGGGGCCGUAUGCCUGUUCCCGAGCGACGAUGCUUCUUGGGAGCAAGGAAGUGAACGUUGUUAUUCUCGUCACUAUCAAGGAGGAUAAAGAAGCCCUAUCAGAAACGAGAGCUACAGAAGGGAAAGGGGCCCGUCGGGUCCGCAACGGCAAGGCGAGUGUACUCAAAUUAUUCCAAAGACAGACAUGGCAGCCCCUGUGA